CAGCUCUGUUAAAAGGCCUGUAUAACGACCGUUUGCUAAAAUCUUAAAGGGGUGGAUAGAGGUGUGCUGUGCUUGGAGGCGGGUAGAUUCGCCGAUAAGUGGGGUCAGCCCUGAAAGGAAAGGUGGUCUGAGAAGGGGUGUUACUUUUACCCCGUCUCUCUUAGUUACAGCGAGGUGAUAGUGUGUCGGGACCAAUACCUACUGGCGGACUAUAGAUACAAGCCCCGUUGUGAUGCAUCCUUAGCGACACGCCCACUCGGAGCCGGAAUUAGCAUGCCCCCACGAGGCCGACAGCGGAAGCGGGACAUCAAGACACCCCCUUCCCGGCAGGCGGAACACCGCAGAAUCAAUGACAUCAUACAGGAAGUGAACUAUGGCAUCCGGAAGUUCAACAGGACGCACUUUGAGGGGAAGUCCGUCGACUAUCACGCAUGCUCAGAAUGCAUGGACAAAUUACUGGAGGAAUGGGACAUGGACAAAGAUUCUCUGUCAACAUGGAAGGAAUUUAUAGACACGACCAACACGAAGACCAUCGACAAGAAAACCAAAAAGAGCGCACAGUUCAAAACCUUGCUCCAUUUGUGUCACCGUGCGAGAGACUUCGAGGUUAUGGUUCCGGUCAUGCGCAAUAAGCUCGUUUCCUGUGUGAAUGACCAUAUGUACAAAUACUGCCUCAGCUUUGAGGAGGAUUCAAGGCCCCAUGAGGUCACACCUAUCAAAGACUAUGACACUGCCAUAGCGUCAAACAAGGUGGAGAUCGAAGAGAAACUUAACACCGUCAACCACAGUAUACUGCGGUAUGGGGAACUGAAGAGUCCUUUUUACAAGUUUGUGUUUGACGGCCAGGAGCAUGGAACGCUGAUGGAGGACAUCACUGCCACGUUCAGUGAGGUUUCUGAGAUGCUGAAAAAGUGGGUGGAGGAUGAUGCGUCUUACCCCGAAAAACUCAAUCAGGAAAUUCAGUUUAAUAAUUCUUAUAAGGAAAAGAUGCAGGAUGAAAUUGCUUCUUUGCAUGACAAGAAAUCACACAACUCUCAGCAAAUUGAUAAAAUGCAACGAUCGCGGGUGAAAUUGGAAAAGGAGUAUAAUAUUUAUAAACAAGAGAAAAUUAAGACCAAACGACGCCUGGAGACAGUUGAGUUAAAGAUCGAGAGACUUGGCAAAGAGAGGGAGGCGAGUAGUGAAAAACUUGAAGAGCAGAAAGGAAAACGGGGACAAAAAAUCCCUAAAUCUCCUCGAGAGAAAAGUGACCUUGAACGACAGAUUGACAAAUGUCAACGUGACCUUGAACUUUUUGAUGAACGUGAACGACCAAUGAAACGCCAGAGAAGUCGGCUGAAGAAGGAGCAUAAAGAGGUGUCCGACAGGACGUAUGAGUUAAAGGUGGAAGUUGUGACCCUGAGACACAAGCAGUUCGAGUUAAGGUAA